AUGGUUUUAGGGAGAAGGAGCUCUCUCGGGAUGGACGAAUUACUCACGCUUCAUAGGUUGCGCCGGUCGGGACAUGUACUCUGCAUGCCAGAAGACCGUCUGCCUCACAGAGCUCUUUCCCCCCAGCCCUGUGCUGAGUGGAAGCGACCGAGAGGUGAACAGUGCAUGACCUGGCAACAAGGUACAAAAACACUAACCAGUAGCCUUAAUCAGGUGGGCAAUCACCGCCUCCCUGGAUGGGGACCCCAGAACUUAAAUCACCAGUGGUUAAUGACACUGGAGGAGAUGGCCCAAUCGGGCAGUCAGUGGAGCUCGUGCAUCAAAGCUAUCGCCUUCAAUGUCUACUUUAUUUCCAAACAAACUGAGCGUAACUUCGCCUCCAAGGCUUGGUCUUGUUUUCCACUUUUCCUUUUUCCGGUGGCCGAAAAUGUAGCAACCGGAACCAAUGAGGGUAUCAAAAAUAAGCAACGGAUCGACAAAUUCAACUCAAUCCUGUCAAAGUCGCUAUCAAAUGUUCAGAACCUCUAUCUUAUGAGCGUUAAUCGUCUCAUUGAAGAGAAGCUUGGCGGACUCACUUGCUCGAACGAAAGUUACUCGAUACGAACGCUUAUUCUGAAGGUUCGCGCUGGCCAGGAACAGUUGAUGAUCGUCACACAAAUGCAGGACUCGCUGCCGGUUGUCUGUGCGAUAAUUUGCAGCCUGUAUUCAAAAACGAAACCAGGACAGAAAGCCACCAAGGCAACGUAUGAGAGGAUGAGAUGGCUCAGAAGUAAGAGUGCCAAUUUACUGACCGGAAGGUCCGUGGUGCGUAUCAGACCUCCGACCAUCGACUCCUCCUGUCUAGGCUUUGGUAACCUGGUAGUAUCCCAGCCCUUGUGUUUCCUCCUGGUAAUGCAGUUAAUCUGGAAUUUUCAAUGUAACGGAGUGAUGCGCUUCGCCCGAAGCACCUGCUGCAAAUCAUCGAACCCAAUGAGUAUUACUCAGUACCGCCUAUUCUUGUUGAUCAGCAUAUGGAGUAUGAAGGAGAUCACGAAAUGUUUGGGUGCUGCCGGUGCUAUUAGCCCUCGAGGAUGGGGACUGCGUGAUCCUCACUGUGCCUGGUUGGAGACACUACAAGAUAUGACUGUCAACCGAUGUCAGUUGUUGUUGUCAGUUUCUAUCCACAAUUUAACGUUUGUACCAGGUCAAUUAGGUAGACGUCCAGCGAGUGCGAUUGCUUUUGAUGAAGGCAGACAAAGGAUGGCAAUGUCCAUUGUGGAAAAAGAACAAUUUUUGCUGUUCUCAUUCGCGCGCUUUUACGAGUUUGUAUUUCUACUCUCCAGAAUGGGUAUUGUUCUCAUCUACUUUUACAUCUGUGAUCGGACAACAAUGUUUGGAAAAACCCAUAAAGAUCCUGAAUCGUUUUGGCUGCGAAGCGAGGUUCUGUGUCUAACUGUCCUGGGGCUACUAUUCAUUCGCAGAUCAAAGCACACGGAUUUCAACAACUUGGACGUUACUCGCGAGUGGAAAGGCUGGAUGCAAAUAUACAUUGUUACCUAUCAUUAUGUGUGCGGUCAAUCCGUUGUGAGCGGUUACAUGUCUGUGCGGUACCUCGUAUCGGCCUACUUGUUCCUGACUGCGUAUGGUCAUACUUGUUACUUCUGGCGAAAAUAUGCACAAGCGGGUGGUGAAUCUCAG